CCCCCCACUUGUCUCCCAACCACCACAAGUGCUCUUCCCUUUCAUCCCUUCUGCCCUCUUACAUCCACCUUUGUAGACACUUCGCGCUGCUCUACAGAGACGUACUUACUCUUCUGCCUACCUCUUGCUUUGUUAUCACUUUCCCAUCCAGUUCGUCUAUGUCGCGUGUCCUUCCGAAAAUGGUCGCGUUUUUGCAGAGCGCUCGGGCAGCCCUUCGAAAGAAGAUUGUUGACCUCAUACAUACGCGUCAUCCUCCUCCACAAAGAGAGUUAAUGCAACGGUCUAGUGUUACCAACUUCCAGGUCGACACUAGGAGCACACAAUUCAACACGGGCAAGGACGAGGACGACAAACUGUCGGACCUCUUUGUCUUCAACGCGUUCCAAGAUUGCGACUUGGACACGAUAAGCGAGAUUGUUUGGGCAGAGAAUCCAGCUGGACACCAGGCUACGGUUGACGGGGACUUGGUCAAGACGCUUCAGCAGCCGAUAUCGGGGUACUCCUUUGUGGAGCCUGCCCCGCACCUCGAUGGCCUUGACUAUGUCGUGGACUAUGCAGUGAACACCAACGAAGAGGUUAGGGAUGGGGGAGAGGCUUUGCUAUAUGAUCGGUCCAUGGUCAACAAGCGCUUUGGCAAGCCGGUCUUGCAGACCAUUCCGGAGCACUCAAUCGUCAACUCGUUCGCCGAUGAAGAGGAGGAGGAGGAGGCGGAGUCCAUCUUCUGGCUUGAAGGCUUUGACUAUGUUGCGGACUUUGCUAACUUUGGAGACGAUGGGGAACGCGGCACGCCUUCGGACGACGAAAUCGCAGCGUGCAAUGCGAUUGAUGACGGCUCCAUGGACAACAGUGAUGCGGUGGACUCCAGCACUGAGUCCGACGACCCAGCUCUUCCUACCACACCGACGUCAUCGUUCUACAACGUCCCACGCGCCUCGACCGACGGCCUUGAUGCUCGCAAGCAUGCCAACGUUACGGUCGAUCUUCCGAUAGGAACGCCGUCGGGAGCUCCUGUUAAGCCCUGGACAAGCGAGGAACUGGAGGCGAGGAAGGCCAAGAUGGAGGCUACCAUUGAACUGAUAUAUGAACGGUUUGCCAAGAUCUGCGGCGCCGAGCGAGCUGAGGAAAUAAGACAUCGUCCCGUGGCACCGCGCAACGUUUCUACUCAGCAAUACUCUGCCAGCGAGGUUAACAAGAGAUGCGCGGAAGUUCUCGGGCGGCUCCGUGAGACAAGGCUCCGGAUCGAGAACAGUAUCAAAGAGAGAAGGGAAUUGAGAGAAUUGAGGGAAUUGAGGCAGAAUCUGGACCCGGCUAGCGAUGACGAUGGGGAAGACAACCAGCAGGAUUUCGGCCACCAAGGAGAUGCUCCGGAGGAUGCAGAGGAAGGUCACAAUGAUGAGUGAACCAGUAACUGGAGGUGCGAGAGGGAGAUGUCUGUCGUCAGGCAGCGAAUAGAGUUCGGGAUUGCGAGUGCAUUUGAGCCUAGCCAGGCUUUCUGUACGUGACCGUAUUCAACUAUAGUCGUCUUAUUUAUAGAAGUAGUGGACUCACAAUGUCCAUAGCGGCUUGAUAGUCUCGUGGUAUCCUGAUUCUUGGGGAAAUUGCACAAUUGAGACC